AUGUUAAAAAGCUGGUUCCGCCACGGCUACAACAAGGUGGCUAAGAGGUUGGCGAUGAAGGGAAAAUUUGGAGUAUUAGAAGCCCAUCCUAAGGCUCAGCAACAUGCAGAAGAAGCCAUGGAAGCUCAUGGUGAAAUACAAAGCAACCUUAAAUUUCAUCAAAAGGAGUUCAAAAUAUAUAGGUGGAAUCCUCAGUAUCCCAAUCACAAGCCAUUCCUUCACUCUUUCUUCGUUGAUCUCUCUAAAUGUGGCCCAAUGGUUUUAGAUGGAUUGCAGAAGAUAAAAGCAGAGCAAGACUCAAGCUUGAGCUAUAGAAGGUCUUGUAGGGAAGGAAUAUGUGGAUCAUGUGCCAUGAACAUUGAUGGAGCUAACACUGUGGCCUGCCUCAAACCUAUUGAUGCUGAUACUUCCAAACCCACCAUUAUAACCCCUCUUCCCCAUAUGUAUGUCAUCAAAGAUCUUGUUGUUGAUCUCACCAACUUCUAUCAACAAUACAAGUCGAUCGAGCCAUGGCUGAAGACUAGAAGGCCGGCGGAGGACGGGCGAGAGUUCAGGCAAUCUCGGGCAGAGAGGAAGAAGCUAGAUGGGUUGUAUGAGUGUAUUCUUUGUGCUUGUUGCAGUACUUCAUGUCCUCCAUAUUGGUGGAAUCCAGAAGAGUUUCUUGGUCCUGCUGCAUUGCUCAAUGCCUAUCGAUGGAUCUCUGAUAGUCGAGAUGAGUUCGAGAAGGAACGAUUGCAAGCAAUAGUGGAAGACAAGACGAAGCUUUAUAGAUGUAGAACUGUACAAAACUGCACAGCCAACUGCCCCAAAAGCCUUGAUCCUUCCUCUGCCAUCCACCGUAUGAAGGCAAUGCAUUUGAUCUCUAAAUCCAAUAAGGUGCUCAACAAUUAGCUUUUCUAGCUUUUUAAUGUGUGUUCUCUAAAAUCAUCAAAGUUCAUUUUCAAUCUUAAUCUGUGAAGAAAGAUACCCAUAAUUCGUUAUAAUGAAGUGGUUGUGUGGACUUUGAUUUUACACUUUCCACAACAUUAAGAUGUUCUGUAUAGCA